ACCAAAAAUCCAUUGUCUGCCUCAUAAAAGUUUGUCUAUCCUUGUCUUCUUUGACUUCUGUGUCUGGUUCUAAUCUGUUCUAAUGCCAACUAAACGACCAAUCAGUUCAACACAGUUCUUUCAAGCAUGCUCGGUUGUGCUCAGAACUCAUAUCUUAUUUUUUUCUUUAGUCUUCUCCUACUGUCGGUGGCUGCGCCACUCAAACCAGUCGACGUGGACAUCCGUAACCUCAACUCGCGAGUACUCAAUUCCCAAGGCCCAAAAAAGGUCUUCUGGCACGCGAAAGUGACCUUUAUCCCUAAUCACAAGACAAGUUCACAACAUCGACUACCACAGAAACCACAGAAAGUCAAAAAUGCGAUUCAUAUGUUCUUAAAAAUUGUGCUGCCUGGAUUAGACAAAUCCGAAAGUGUAUCUUCCAUUCGUAUCAAAGCGUCGGACUGGGAGGGGGUCCCUGAUCCCAGUGAGACCGCGAUUCAGUCCGAAACGGCGAAGGGGGGAGCUCAUCCUAAUGCAAAGGGAGGAGCACGAUAUCGUUAUGAACAAGAGUUUUGGAUUAUGCUGCCUCCCAUUGAACAGGAGCACGAGGAGAAGCAUUAUUUAGGUACAAUUUCUUGGGACAGUGAUGAACGGAGGAUUUCCGGUGAUAUACGCGAUGCGGAUGACAAUACGAAGGUUUUGGUAGAGGUUAAAGAUGGUGUCUUGAGUGGGCCUAAGGUUCGUGCUUAGAGCCAAUGCAUUCAUAUUUCUUGCUAGACUUCAAAAG